AUGUUCUGCUUACAACAAAUUGCAUGUCAGACUUUUACACUUUUUCCCCACGAUAUCACAUUCAUACUUCCCGUCCCAAAACGCCAAACAGCUGAAGAGGCUCCUGCAAGUGAUAGAAAAUGUCCAGGACGAUCCACUUUCCAGGUACCAAGGAAGUUCGAACUUCCUCAUUUGUUCUCGAAGAAGCAUGACAUGCUCAAAAUUAUCUUCGCAUCUCGCCUCGUCGGCACUGUUAUGUGCAAAUCGACGAUCGUUGCAUUUCUGCCCAGGAUCAAGAAGGGAUGGCAAUUGGCAGAUAAGACAUUUCACGAUCGUGUCGGUACUGACAUGCCAAGAUUCUCGCAUUGCUUAUCUCGUGGAUCGGCUAGGACCGACAUAGUGCGAGAAUCUGGGGUUUGA